UGACCGAGUUCUCCAAGAAGACCGGGGACUACCCGAGCCUCUCAGCCGCCGAUCUGCAGGUGCUGGCGCUCACCUGCCAACUGCAGGCUGAGAACGACGGCUCUGACUGCCUCCGCAGGGAGCCCCCUCCUCAGGUGCAGCUCAGCUCCACCCCGAGGCACCCCGAGGCUCCUCUGCACGUCGCUGGCUUCCACCUGCCCAACAAGCACAAGCACCCAGGGAAGGGCCAGGGCCAGCCCAGCCCUGAGAGGAGCACAGUCCCCUCGGAGAGUGAUGAGUUCAGCUCCUUCCUGUACUGGCGAGUGCCCCUGCCCAGCAUUGAGGAGGACCUGCAGGAGCUGCUGGACACCCAGACCAUCUCUGUUAACCCAGAGCCCUCCAAGGAGCACCACAGCUCUGUGGAUGGGACCAGUGCUGGUGAAGAGGAAGAGGAGGAGGAGGAGAGCGACGACGAAGGCUGGAUAACACCCAGCAACCUCAAACAGGCCCAGCAGGACAUGGGGCACUGUGACACUGAACCUGUUGAUGUCCAGGUUGGCUGUGUCACCACAGACUUUGCCAUGCAGAACGUGCUGCUGCAGAUGGGCCUCCACGUGCUGGCAGUGAACGGGAUGCUAAUCCGCCAGGCUCGGAGCUACAUCCUGCGCUGCCACGGCUGCUUCAGGACCACCUCGGACAUGACCAAGGUGUUCUGCCCCCACUGUGGUAACAAGACCCUGAAGAAGGUGGCAGUGAGUGUCAGCGAUGAUGGGAGCCUCCACAUGCACUUCUCCCGCAACCCCAAGGUGCUGAACCCCCGCGGGCUCAGGGUGGCCGACCAGCGCUUCCCGCAGCAGCGCCUGUCCCGCAAGGCCAGGCAGAAGACCAACGUCUUCGACCCUGACUACCUGGCCGGGCUGUCUCCCUUCGCCGAGCACGACGUGCACAGCCGCGCAGCAAACCUGCAGAUCCGCGACGCCGCGCUGGGCGCAGGCAGGAGGCGCCUCAACCCCAACGCCGCCACCAAGAAGUUCGUCAAGAGGAGGUGA